UCACAUCUCGGGAGAUCAGUCUUGUAAACAGAACAGUCAUUGAGUUGGCUUUGUAGCUGCACACGAGUUCCUGCCGAUGUAAAGGAGUUACAGGAGGACACCGGGCCAUGUUGAUGUCUGUGUGAGCUGUAUUGAUGGGAGUUGUAGUUCAGCCGAUGAGUAUCUUCUCUUUAAGGGAAUUGAAGUUUAGCUCUUAUGUAUUGUCCAUGACUCUGCAUGGACAUAUCUCCUACUAGUUCAGGUGUAAUUUUGCUGCCGUAACGAAAACUUUACACUAUGGAGCCAGAAAUUAUUCGAAUGUAUUCUUCAUCCCCACCUCCUCUUGACAGUGUUGCAGAUGAAGACGACGAUGACGGGUUUGGAGAAUUCGGAGGAUUUUCUGAUGUCAGUAGCCCUGGAAUUGGUUUUGCCGACUUUGACUCGGGUUAUUCCAAGACUAGAGAGGACUUUAUACCAUCCAAACACUUUUUACCGAUACAUGAGUUCUCGGAUAAUGUAAAUAACUUCUCUAGCCUUACCUCCAUCACAGCCAAUGAGAACAUCUCCGAGAUUGGGAUUUCUAAAAAGGGACCUUGUUCUGUGUUUGAGACGAACAUAAACCACGAUACCACCCAGUUCAAUGUUGCUGCACUUGAUAAUAAAGGGAGCUCAGGGGAGAACACAACAUUUUUAAACUCAGAGACCCAUCUGACUUGUGUGGAUAAUGUUAGUUUAAUAAGUAGAAGCCAGGAACAAAUAGAUAGUACUUGUAAUGGUGAGAAAACACACAAUCUGGAAAAUCUGACUAAUGGGUUUGCAGGGGUAGAUUGUGACAACCCUCAGGGAUUACAAGAUCUGGACAGAAUGGGACAUUCUAAAGGGUUUAAGUCAAUCAGUUCUCACAGUACAGAUUUAAGUAUAGACUUUUCACCACCGAGCCCUGGAGAUGACUUUGCAGACUUUGCUACAUUUUCGAGCAAAGACCCUCUUGGUGUAAAUGAGGCACAGUUGCAACCACCCAAAGGUUCGCAUGAAGGGGAGACUCAAAGUAUUAAUGUUAGCACUGAUUCAAGUAAAGUUGAACAUGGCAGCAUCUCAUCUGCUAUGGAAAUCUUACCUGACCCAUUUCCUCAAGAAGAUAUUGAAGAACCCGAUCCGUUAGCACUUGACGGUGUUCCUCCACAUGAAGCGAUGUCAGCCACGCUACAAUCCAAUAUUUCUGAUAGUAUGCAUUCACUGGAAACCAAAAAUACUUCACAAACUACAGAAAGUCCAAAAGAGGACGAACAGACUAUUACUAUAAUAAAUUCCCCUCCUAAUGAAGAAUCACUGGAACUAUCAAAGGAUGUUAGAAAGACAGAACUUGAGUCUAUUGAAAGUGGUCAUACCGUGAUGGCUUCUAACGAGGAGCCAGAAUUUGAUGCUUUUGGAGAUUGCGAUGCUGCACUUCCUGUGACGGACGAUGUCACACUGGAUAAAAAAUACGUUCACGAACCUUUAGAACUGCCUUCCAAAGUGACGGAAGUAAAUGAUAAUGACUUUGAUAGUUUUAAGGAUACAAAUGUAGCUUUUCGGGUGGAACUGGCAGGCUCUUCAAGAAAGUUAUCUUCUGAAGGCAAAUCUUCUGAACAGUGGGUGUCCGAGGAACCCGAUGAGUUUAAUGAGUUUGGGAGCUUUGUAUCCUUGGCAAAAAAAGACUCAAGUGUUAAACAAGAUUCUGAUGACUUUGCUGACUUCAGUACAGUGUGCAGUAUUCAGCCACCUUCAGAAUGGAAUGCUUUUGAGGAUGAUCAGGGAGGAAGUUCUUCUUCUUGGGCUGCCUUUGGAGAUCAGAAGAUAGAGUCUGAUGACUGGCAGUCAUUUAGGACAGACGUUCCCUCUAGCACCGAUGACCAGGUUGUAAACCCACAAAGCACCGACCUCCCCGCUGGUCAUGAACCUGAAACAACACUUGUCCGUGAUGAUUCGCCAGUUGCCUUCCAGAAUCCAUUACUAAGUCAUCUAGAGCGGAUUAUACAAGCCUGUUUUCCUCCUCCUCCUGUAUCCGAAAUAGAUGAGAAGAUUGCACCUCUAGAUCUUCUUCUAUGCAUAGAGCAGCAGGAGGAGACCUCAAAGUCCAAGUCUACUAAGAGCUUACACACAGAAGUGCUGGACAUAUGGACCGAGCUGCAGGAUAUCCACAAUGCCUACGGACUGAAGCACCAGUGGGGAGGCUCUCACAGCAACAAAAAGCUCCUGCGCUCCCUAGGAAUCGACACAAGGAACAUACUCUUUACAGGAAACAAGAAGCAGCCUGUUAUUGUUCCCAUGUAUGCAGCUGGUCUGGGUAUGCUGGAGCCCACUAAGGAACCUCUCAAGCCUUUAUCUGCUGCAGAAAAAAUAGCAUCAAUAGGGCAAUCGUCUCCUGUUCCUCCAGAUGACAGUAUUUGUUCUUCUGAUCAGUUACAGGUACAUGAAUCUCUCCCACCUGUCCAGUUUGACUGGAGUACCAGUGGCCUUACCAACCCCUUAGAUGCUAGUGGAGGGUCUACUCUUCUGAAUCUUGAUUUCUUUGGACCCGUGGAUGACAGUGGCUUUAACAGCACCACCACUAUCCCAGGUGUGGAUCCUGAGCUGUAUGCACUGACCACAGCGAAGGUAGAAUCCUCCAGUGCCAGCAGCAAGGUGACUGAUGCGUUCGCAAGACUGAUGUCCACGGCAGAAACCACAAGCACAUCGGCAAGGAAACCUAGAAGGGAAGAAAACCUUAGUGAAGAGGCUGCAAAGGUGAUCGCCAGCCUCCCCGACCUUUCCUUCAUGCAUGCUAAGGUGUUGAUGUUCCCGGUCUCCUUAACACCUUUAACUAGUUCUCAAGACAAGGUUAACUGAUGACACACACACAAAAAAAAACUAAGACAAAUAGUAAAGAAUCCAAAAUGCAUUGGAUGUUUUAUAUCCAAACUUUUUAAAGAGGAUGAAAGUGUUCUUGCUUUUUCAUAACAAAAAAAAUCACUUUGGCUGAUUUGUCGGUAAGCAGCUCUAUAAAGGGUAUAUAUACACUCUGAUGUAUAUUUCAACACUGAAUACUUCAUUUAUAUGAGAAAUCUUCAAAUUAAUUUGUAUAUAAAGGAAAGGGGAAAGGUUUCUUUUUUUUUUUCUCUUUAUCGUGCUGGGUACAUACACUGGUGGAUCCUUUCUUACAAAAAAAUCAAAAAAAGAGAAAGUGAACAUGCAAAACCUUCACUGCCUGUGAGCCUGUCGUGGUGACUUUUUUUUUUUCUUUUUCUAUUUUUUUUUUUUUUACUUCUGCUCCCGGUUGUAUUGAAGUUGUUGUACUGUUACAUCUGAAUGUUCAGUGUUGUUUAUUUUAAGUGUUAACUUAAAUUUAAUGGAGAUGGAGCAGAAUCUAGCUUUACGGGCAUUAACACCUGUAGGUCUUUUAGUUGUCUUCUUCUGUCACUUUACUAAAAAUAGUUUAUCAAAAACAUUGGUUUUUGGAUAAGUUUGGUGACAACCAAUAUGGUCGUCAUUACUGUUCCCAUUGAGGUGGUCCCUUACCACUGAAUAAAAAACCUGCUUAGUUUUGCAGUGAUACUCCCAUAUCUCUAUAUAAUAAGGUAGAUUUGAAAAUGUUGUUUUCUUUAUCUCAUCUUGACCUUUUAGGUAUACAGUUCUUAGAUGGGCCAUAGGUGCAAUAAUAGAUUGCAUAGAUGGUAAUAAUUAGAGAUGAGCGAAGUUACAGUGAUUCAAUUCGCAUCGAACUUCUUGGCUCGCCAGUUGCUGACUUUAUCCUGCAUAAAUUAGUUCAGCUUUCAGGUGCUCCGAUGGGCUGGAGACUCUCUCCUAGGACUUUAUCCACCUUUUCCAGCCCACCGGAGCACCUGAAAGCUGAACUAAUUUAUGCAGACUAAAGUCAGCAACUGCCAAGCCGCGAGGUUCGUGACGAAUUGAAUCACUGUAAGUUCGCUCAUCUGUAGUAAUAAUGAUAGUUGAGCCAAGUAGACCAUGCACCCUAUAGGUAGGAUGGGCACAGCCUUCCCACUUAGGCUUUGUUCUGGCUUAUCCAUUUAACCAUGCACUCAUGAUGGCGCUAAAGACACCGGACAAAUUAAAGGCCCCCUUUCAUGUUAGACAAUGGCCACCAGAACCUGCUUAUUUCGUUGGGCUGGCCAUCUCUCCAAUGCUAGCCAUACACUUAAAUGUUGAAUAAACCCACCAAUUUUGGAAGGAUUGGAUGACCAUCUAAGUUGUAGGGUGGUGUCGGGGGGAAGAGAAGGAUCAAACAUAUUCAAGUUCAACUACCCGAUCCGAUCCUUUUCUUCUUGGGAUGAUAAGCGGCUGUCAGAGGUUCUGUAGCUGCGUAGCCACCCCCCCCAUCUCCCCCUGAGCAUGUCUGUACGGGGAGGGGGGAUCAGAAUAUAUGGCAUAUGUCCAGCUUCAAGGAUUUAUCCAGGAGCUUUGCUCCCCAGCACUUCACUUCCGCUUGACAAAGUAGUAAGGGCAAGGCCAGUGUCAUAUCCUCUGCCUACUUUGACAUUGGACUUAAAGGACAACUGCAGCUUAAUAUACACUUAUCCCCUAUCUACAAGAUAUGGG